AUGAAAAAUGCCUUAGUAGUGACGUACUAGAAGUGCAUUUUCCCAUUGUUUUAAGGGAGAGGAAGCACCGAAGAGUCUUAUUUAAUGUGCUUUCUUUAGGUUUCCUGUGCUUUUCUACUAUAAUAAAAAUAUAUCACUAGACUUACCUAAAUAUAUUGUUUUCAACAUGACAAAGUUACAUAAGAGAAUCCCCUUGUACUUAAAGAAAAAUGCAAUUAUUUUCUAUUCUGAAUCUCCAGACUGCUGUUUUAGAAAAUCAUAUCUGAUUAUUUGCUCAGCAGAAGAUUAUUGAGUUGAUUUAGCUGUGAUUUUACUUAACAAAGCUUCAACUGAAUUCCUACUGUGGAGUCCAAAAAAGGUAGAGAGAUAUAAAUGAUACAUUCAAACUGUGAUUUUUGUGAACAGGGCCAUCAAUGCACCCCUCGGAGCUAAUAGCGGAGAUGAGAAACAGUGGGUUUGCACUGAAACAAAAUGUACUGGGGAGAAACUUGACCGCAAAUGAUCCAUCACAGGAAUUUGUUGCAAGUGAAGGAGAUGAUGAUCCAGAAGUUGAAUUUUUAAAAUCACUGUCAACCAAACAAAAACAGAAACUUCUACGGAAGUUGGAUCGUCUGGAGAAGAAAAAGAAAAAGAAAGACAGAAAGAAGAAAAAGCAGCAGAAGAAAAAAAGCAAAAGUAAACACAAGAAACAUAAGAUGAGAUCCUCUUCCUCAUCCUCCAGUGAGACUUCAGUAAGCAGCAGUGAUAGUGAGACUGACAGCAGAGAUAAAGCGGCACAAAAGAAGAUGUAUUCUAAGAAAAGAAAAAAAGACAAGUUUUCAGAGGCUAGCAGCAGCAGCAGCGAUUCAGAAGGAAAGGCAAAGACUAAGAAGCAAAAACUUUAUGAAGAUCUCUCCAGUAGUCACGGUAACAAGGACAAAGACAGGGAGAAGUACAGACCUUUAAAGCAAGAUAGUUCUGCAGAGAACAACAGAUGGAGCUCCUGUGAGGCGGAAAGAAAGUCCAAAAGCAGAUACCAUAGCACCAACAAGAGAGAGACUGAAAGGAGGAAGGAGAGGGAUAGUAGAAGCCAAAGCAUGGAUGAGGAGAGCAGGAGAAGCCCUUGCGCAAGUCACAGCAGUUCCAGGCACAGGCAAGUAAGAAAAAGUCCAAGUCAAAGCCCUGGCAAAGAGCGGCACAGGAAAAAUGAAGCCAGAAGCCCCAGCACAGAUGUGCACAGGGAGAAGAAAAAAUGUAGAGAGCGCUAUGGGGACAAGUGCAGUAAAGUGGAACACAGAGGAAGGAGCAGACGCAGUAGAAGCAGAAGCAGAGAGAGGAAGAAAAACAGAUAGUAUAGAGGACAGGUGCAAACAAGAAUCUCUCUUGUGUUUUUGAUGAAUACCUUUAACAAGGGCUCAAUUAUGUAUUGCUGUUCAUUUUCCAGCCUAACUAGCUUUUCCUACAUAAAGCCAACAGCAUCAUUUCUAUAAUGUUGGAAUAUUUGUAAAUUAGGUAUAAAUGUUAUGCUAUUUUUCUUACUAUAUAAAUAU